AUGGCAGAAGAUGGUGGCGGUGCUUAUGGUGAUGGUAAUGAGCGAAUUCACUACGGCGCAUCGUUGCUUGAAGGGAGGAGCAAUCCGCACUCCAUAGGUGGUACUGAGGUAUGGGGCUGCGUGCAAAUGUACAAGAGAGCUACGCCCGUUAUUCGAUCGAAUCGGGUCAUUGGUGGCCAAAUUGCUGCGAAAACGGCUUCACAAUCUACUCAGAGGGAUACUCUGCCUUCGAAAAGGCAAAAGAUCAUAUGGCCCGGUGUUUGA